AUGCACCUACACUACGUGCUUGCCAUGGCUGCAACCGCUCUUGCUGCAAACAACGGCUCCAUUUCGGCCGCUGUACCCACGAAUGAUGUCGCGCUCUGGACGCUGGCUUCGCAGGACCAAGUCCACCUGAUCGACCGUCGAAUCGCCGGGGCCAAUGCCACACGAACGCUCCGUGGUGCUCUCACUAUCAACGAGGACAACACAGCCGUCUACUUCCCCAGCAGCAACACGCACAAGAAAACUUUCAUCGAAGACAGGCUUAAGGACUCGCUGGCCAACCCGGAGACAAUGACGAAGUUUUACAAACAAUGGUACGAGGACGGAUACACUGUCGAACAAGUCACUCGUGGUCUGGAGGAGAUUCAGAGCAGAGAUCUGCGCGAGACGUAUGCGAAUCUCGCUGAGGGGUAUGCAGCAUACGUCAGCAAUGGACGGCAACGCAGGGGAAGCCAACGGAUGAGUACAAAUAUAUGA